GUGAUAUUUCCUGAAACAGAUCCAGCCAUCGUCUACCCUCCUCCCUUUCAAUGUACUGAAUCGCCAACAAAGAGUCAGCUUCCACACAAUAGUCCUUGUGCCCAGCCUCAGUCGCCCAUUUCAUCGCUAUGAAAAUAGCCCGCAGUUCAGCAUCGAUAGGAGACCGAGCUUGCAGGGGAAAGUUUAUGGCCGACACAAAACCACCAUUUCUAUCUCUUAAAAUCGCACCUCCAUAUGCUUUGGCAAAUAAGUAACUUGCAUCUACAUUGAGUUUGCACUUGUCUUUUGGUUUAUUCCAUCGAAUUAUCUGAGGCCUGUAUUCUCUGAGUUUAAAAUCCCUAGGAAUGAAACCAUCUUCAAAAAGAAUUGGUUCUAUCACCCUGAUAUUGGGUAUCGAAAUACUUGACAUCCAAGUUUGGAUGUAGAGUUUAAUAUGGAUGAUAAUUUGGUCCGGAUGUGGAGCUAUUCCUCCUGAGCCCCAAACUAUGGAUGAAUAAGUUUUCCAUAAAAACCAACAAAUGAUCCGAGGGAGAUGUUGUCUAAGCAAAUCCACCAAACUUCUGUUGUUAAUUUUAAAUUUCCAAUUCAGGUAAUUACCAUAGUCUAUGCCCGGACCCUGGAAAAAACUCAGAGCACCCAAGAAGUACCGCCACACCUUCCUGCUAACAGGGCAUUGGAAAAAAAUGUGUAUCAUUGCAUCACUGUCAUUCCUGCACAGAGGGCAUAUAGAGGGGUUAAGAACCAAAUAGAACCUGCUAAGAUUGUCAGGGGUGAUUUUACCAGAUUGAUCUAUGGUACAAAGCUCAGAAGCUUGAGCAUGUACAGAACAGAUUCUCUUCCAGGUGGCAGAAUCCGUAAGCUUAGGCAGAUCUUAUCCCAUUUUAUCCAAUGGUAUUUCUUUUUCACCUCAGAUGAGCCCCAAAAAAAGGAGGAUAUCUUGCAGUUAACCCCCAAGUAUCUAAUUGGGAGGGAUGCCUUUUUCAUGCCCAGUAGAUUCAUGAUUCUGGAAUGUCUAGCUGAUCCUGCCUUGCCACAUAUAAAAGAACAUUUCUCCAAGUUGAUCAUCUGUCCUGAAGCCUCUUGAUAUGAAUGCAAAAAUCUCUUGAUAUUCAGAAUAGAUCUGGCUUCUCCAUUCAUAAAGAUCAGUAGGUGACGUGCACUUUGUCGUGAGUGCACUCAAAAUAAAUUCAAUACUAACACUUAUACGUAGUAUAGGUGAAGUAGAGUUCGUAUCCACAGGGAAAGGAAUAACUUUCUUUUUAUAUAAAUCAUAAAUAAAGGGGGGUUUUGAUUGUUGAAUAAUUUAAUUAAAUUAAACAAGAAGAUGAACGAGUUAUAUGUGAUUUAAUUCAAAGAUAAAAGGGACUUGGCAUU